UCCAGAACACAGUCAAUCAGUGUGAAUACUAGUAUUCGAUCGAUGGAAUUAUUGUUAUUGUCUCCUUAUGUCAUUGUUACAUGACUGUAUUGACGUAACUCGUUGAGCACAGCUAUUAUCACAGUACAGUACUAGUACACUGCAUAUAUUUCUUGCUGCGUGUUCCAGAGUUCUUGUAGCUGUGUCAGACCUCAGAAAUAGGAUUGAUUUUCUCCAAUACAAGCACAGAACACCAUCGUUUUUCCCUGCCAUGGCCGAACCAAGUCAGCCAUCUAAUCCAAGCGAAGAAUCGCAAUCAGCUAGUGCUGUCCCGAAAGCACCCAGCAAACCUCUAUUUCAAGUCAAGAAGUGGAGCGGUGUAGCCAUGUGGUCGUGGGACGUAGAAUCUGAGACUUGUGCUAUUUGUCGAGUUGGUAUUAUGGAUGCGUGUGCGAGAUGUCAUACGGACAGCAAGGUAGAGACCUGUGUGGUUGUAUGGGGAGAAUGCAACCAUGCUUUCCACAACUGCUGCAUGUCACUCUGGGUCGUCAAGAACAACCGCUGUCCUCUUUGCCAGUCGGAUUGGGCCGUACAGCGCAUUGGCCGGUAACCAGCCGUGCCUGUAUGGGACCGGUGGUCCGAUGCCCUUGCUAUGCAUGGGUGCUAUGUGAUACUACGUGAUGUUGAUGGAAUAUGCCGGGGCCUUCGACUCGUACAGUGCCACGUUCUGAGUACCGGCUGCAGCCUUUGCGGCGUAAUCAACCUGUGUUUCACUCGAACACUGACAAAGCAACCAAAAUACAUUUGUACGUCCUGGACUGGUGGAUGCUCUGUGUAGUAUGACGGACAGUUGGACAGUGUGUGACAUUGUCGGCACGGUGUACAGGCAACCAGCGUACUCGCUGUGUGUUUGCCCGGGUAAACCCCGUGUGUCCGUUACUACACUUACCCGUGCGUCCGUUGCUGUCUCUCCAACGCGUUUACACCUUCCGUCCCUUGAACAUAUCGCUGUGUAUCCCUUCUGCUCCUGGUGAUCAUCAAAAAUGGCUGUAGAUACACUAUACAGACAUUAGAUAGCUGUAGUGGUGGAACACUGUCUUUGAGCCGUAUUGCAGCCUGUACGUGUCCACCAGACCUGCUAGGAAUUCUCUUUCUUUUGAAAGUGUAGGUCGUGCUCAUACUCUGCAGGUCCUCGCUACCUUCUCUCAUGUAAUAACGUUGCAGUGCAUGCCCGUCAGGUCUAACGGAACUUACAUCUUACUUCAGCUGUAUUUUGUAUUGAUGCGGCAGUUUCUUACUUCCAGCAUUACCGCCCGCAACACUCGUUGUGCGUACUUGCCAAGACAUGUACUUCAAAGUAUUGUGAAGUACACUUGCUGGUGCUAAUGCCUGCUCCUUGUGAUAGGAACAGAGACCCGGGCUGGUCACGUUUUUAACAUUCCCAAUCAAUCGAAACAUGUGAAAUGAAUAUAUUGUCCUCAUUAGUUUGUCCUUCAUCAGCACCAGAAAGUUUAAUAGCUGGAUGUUAUUGUUUUUCUUGUAGUCGGGGCUGAUCCCGUUUCUUAUUCCGCUUUAUAUCAUUUCAAUUGCUGCAAAUAAAGAGCUGGUUUUUUUGCCUGUGAAUUGCAGUUUAUUCGAUGUCCUAUUUUUUUUACCAAUGUGUCUCUUUUGUUUGCUACAUAUACCCUGCCUGUCUGUUUUGCUUAUAACUAUAAGCCCACUUGCCGUUAUAAGCCCACUUGUAUGAUGUUGUUGUUGUUGUUGCUACUGCUAGUUCACUGUCAUUGAAUGGCAUUUUUACUGUAACACAUAAAACAUAAUAAAUUAUGUCCACGCUCA